AUGAAUGACACAAACGAUUUGACUAAUGACUUGUCAUUGCUUUCGAUGAACGGAUCCACACCUAAGAGCGGCGGCGACUCGAAGACACCGUCCACUGAAUCCAAUCACAAGAAUCGGUCCAAAAGUCACCGCAAGAAGAGACAGCAGACACCGAAAGACAAACCCAUUGUGUUGUCGGAUAUCAUUGGAUACGAGAGACAGUUGAACGCCUUGAGAGAGGUGAUUGAGUUACCACUCCUCAAGAGUUCAGAGAUAAGACAAAUGGGUGUCCAAUGGCCGCGAAGUGCGCUCCUGUAUGGGCCGACCGGCACCGGGAAGUCAUUGGCAGUGAAGGCCUUCUGCAACCAAUUCAUGCAAAAGAUGUUUUGUCUUCACAUCAAUUGCGCCACUAUUUUGGCUAAAAGUUUUGCCACAUCUGAGACCAAUUUGAAGACAAUCUUUCUCUUGCGGUUGUUCUUCAGCAAGAAGCACAUUGUGGUGAUUGCCAUCACUAAUAAACCGGAUCUGAUUGACACGAGUCUUCGGCGGCCGCGAAGGCUUGACCGCGAGAUUGAGUUUCCCGUUCCGAUGCCUACCGAAAGGACCGCUAUUUUAAGGAAACACUUAAAUGAAACCAAUAGUGAUAUCAGUGACGAAGUGCUGUCAGGUUUGGCCCAAAGCGCCCACAGCUUCACCGGCGCUGAUCUGGUGCUGUCGUGCGGCGAAGCGGCUCUCAUUGCACUCAAAGACAACAAUCGACUCGUAAUCACCGAAAAGGACUUAAAACAGGCGCUGAAGUCGAUCCGUCCGUCAGCGAUGAGGGAAAUCAGUUUAGAGGUGCCGAACGUGUUCUGGUCAGACAUCGGAGGAAUGCAUUCCGUGCGCAAUAAGUUGACCCAAUCGGUGGUGUGGCCGCUCACUAACCCCGAAGCCUUCGAGCGGUUGGACAUAAAGGCGCCGAAAGGGGUGCUUAUGUACGGACCGCCCGGUUGUUGCAAAACAAUGAUCGGUAAGGCGUUGGCCACCGAAAGUGGUCUCAACUUUCUGGCCAUAAAGGGUCCGGAAUUGUUCAACAAAUGGGUCGGAGAGUCGGAGCGAGCGGUUCGUGAGGUGUUCCGCAAAGCGAAGGCCGCCUCGCCGUCCAUACUAUUCUUCGACGAAAUCGAUGCGUUGGCCGCAGAGAGAGGUAACGCAAACACUGUCGGCGACAAAGUGUUGGCCCAACUGUUGACCGAAAUCGAUGGCAUCGAACAACUGAAUGGAGUGGUGAUCGUCGCCGCCACCAAUCGGCCCGAUAUGAUAGAUAAGGCUCUGUUAAGGCCCGGACGCCUCGAUUCCAUACUUUACGUGGCGUUACCUGAUUUGGAGACCAGAUAUGAGAUCUUAAGGAUUAGGACCCGAAGAAUGCCCGUUAAGUUUGAACAGCCGCUCGAAGAGGUUCUUAAAGACUUAUCCGUCAGGACUGAAGGCUAUACCGGCGCUGAGAUAACUGGUGUGUGUCAAGAGGCCGGCCUAAUCGCACUGACAGCUGACAUAAACUGCAAAUUCGUUGAAUUAAAUCACUUCGAAUCGGCGUUGGAGUCAAUUAAACCGAGAAUAUCUCACGAAAUGAUUUCAUUUUAUGAGACCUAUAAGAAUGAGACCACAAACUAUCUAAAUGUUAAAAAAUAA